GGCGCCUUUAUGACAUGUAUGGCCUUCCAUAUUGAUGGUCGCUCCCUUUCUGGGUAUAUUACAACCGAAAACGGCUUCGGAGGGAAAUCCACACGCCUCCUCCCGGUGUAUCGCGCGCACUCCGUGGCUUUUUAAACAGGGACAGAUCUUUUCUCAGAUUUCUGACGACAUGUUCAGUCUUUUCUUGUCCGUUUUCUUUUUAAGUUCUACCUAAGGGAAGUGUGUUUGUGGUAGUGUGGACGACGUGUCCCAGGUUUAACGUUGCAAAGCAACAGUUCUAUCCUCAGCUUUCUGGACUAAACUCCACACCUGGAGGCUUUUUUUUUUUAUCGGAUUUGGACAAGUCCAGAAGAUUGGCGAGCUGCAGGAGAGGAUGAAGAACUAACAGACGCGACAGCAGCUCCUUCUGUGAGAGGAAAAUCGAAAGGAGGUUACAGGGGCACAGACUCUUCCUCUUUCACACCUCACAAUUGUCGCUGAAUGAGCACACAUCCCUAGGGUUGCUGAGAUAUCUAAAUUACAAACUUGGACAAGUUCACUAAUAAGAAAGAGGAAGAAGAAGAAGUAGUAGUAACCAUUAUGGCAUCUCAGGAAGGGGAGGAGUCAAGCAGCAACAAUGGCCAAUCAGAAAGUAGGUUGAAGAACAAGAAGCCACCCAGCCUGGUUAUUGCAAUUCCACCCAGUGAGGAUCAAGAGAGAACCGGUACAGAGGCACAGCGCCUAAGGCAGUCGGCAAAGAAAAGCGUGAGCAUGCAGCAGUCGACUGAGGCGUUGUCGGAAAGCGGGACGAACGAGAGGAGAGCGGCGUUCCGCAGACAGACUUCUCUGUCUCAGAGCAUUCGCAAAAGUACAGCGCAGUGGUUCGGAGUCGGGACGGACUGCGAGAGUCAGCAGCAGGCGUGGCAGAGGAAAAGUCUGCGCCACUGUAGCCUGCGUUAUGGCCGCCUCAAACCUCAGUACCGAGACCAACAGGAGGCAGCAAGCAUCGACCACAGCCUGGACUCGCCUGCCACUCACAAGAUGCCAAAGAUUGUCGACCCUCUGGCUCGCGGCCGUCCAUUCCGUUAUGACGAGGUGGAUCGGCCGAGGACGCCACACUUUGCUCACGCUCCUCCUCCUCAGACCCCAGGCGUCUCCUCCUUGUGCUCCUUCACCAGCCAGCGCUCUAUGCACUCUCGGGUCCUGCGUAGGAAGAGGGAGUCUGUGGCCCGCAUGAGCAUCCGCGCAGCCUCCAACCUACUCAGGGGUCGGCCCGGCCUGCACGGCACUCCGGUACCUCGAAGUUUCCCACGGAGGAGUUUUGUUCGGCCCAGCUGGAUGGAGGAGGACACAGUGGACACAGCAGACACCUCUGACUGUGUCUUCUUUAGCAGGAUGGAUGCACAUGAGGACUUUUACUCUAUGGCAGAUGAUGUGUUCGAGUCCCCGCCCCUCUCCGCUUCAUUGGCUGUGGAUAAUUUAGUAGACGAAGCAGGACGAAUCCCCAGCUUUAAGGAUAUCAGCCGAACUCCGGCUGCAGUGGUAAGCCCCGCCCUCCACCGCGGAGGCCGCAUCGCUUCCCGGGUGAAACACUUUGCCUUUGAUAAGCACAAGCGUCAGUACGGGUUGGGCGUGGUGGGGAAGUGGCUGGACCGUCAAUACCGGCGCAGCCUGAGCAGCCAAGUGCAAAAACAGCUGGAUGACUUUCACAGUCACAGACCGUAUUUUACCUACUGGAUCACUUUCGUGCACAUCGUCAUCACUUUGCUGGCCUGCUGUACAUACGGUUUCGCUCCGGUCGGCUUCGCCCAGCACUCCAUCACUCAACUAGUGCUGAGGAAUAAAGGGGUGUAUGAGAGUGUGAAGUAUGUUCAGCAGCAGAAUUUCUGGAUCGGCCCAGGAUCCGUAGACCUGAUCCACUUGGGAGCGAAGUUUUCCCCCUGUAUUAGACAAGACCUAAAGAUAGUCGAGCGUAUGCAACGGGACAGAAACGAGGAAAAAGAAUCUGGCUGCUGCGUGCAAAACGAUAAGUCAGGAUGCGUGCAGACGCUACGGAACGACUGCUCGGAGACACUGGCCACGUUUAUUAAAUGGGGCAAAGUGAACAUAGAUAUUGUUCGUUCCUCAGGGGCGGUGUGCCAUCAGGACCCCAGGAUGUGUCAGGAGCCUGCUUCAGCGGAGCCACAUGUUUGGCCUGAUGACAUCACGCAGUGGCCGAUCUGUACAGACAGAGGCACAUGGAACCACACUGGUUACCUGCAUAUGGACUGCACCAUCAGGGGUCGUCCAUGUUGCAUCGGGACCCAAGGAAGGUGUGAGAUCGCCACGCGAGAGUACUGUGAUUUCAUGCACGGAUACUUCCAUGAAGAGGCCACACUCUGCUCUCAGGUUCAUUGUCUGGAUGAAGUCUGUGGCUUGCUGCCGUUUUUGAACCCGGACGUUCCGGACCAGUUCUAUCGGCUCUGGCUCUCUCUGUUCCUCCAUGCAGGCCUCCUGCACUGCCUGGUGUCCGUAGUCUUCCAGAUGACGAUACUAAGGGACCUGGAGAAACUCGCCGGCUGGGUGCGCAUCUCAAUCAUCUACAUCUUCAGCGGGAUCACAGGAAACCUCGCCAGCGCUCUGUUCCUGCCGUACAAAGCAGAGGUGGGUCCAGCAGGAUCUCAGUUCGGUCUGCUAGCAUGCCUGUUCGUUGAGCUCUUUCAAGGCUGGCAGAUGUUAGAGAAGCCAUGGAACGCCUUCCUCAAGCUGCUCGGCCUCGUCCUCUUCCUCUUCCUGUGUGGCCUGCUGCCGUGGAUCGACAACAUCGCCCACAUCUUCGGCUUCCUCAGCGGUUUGCUGCUGUCCUUCGCCUUCCUACCGUACGUCACCUUUGGCACCUUCGACAAGUACCGCAAGCGUGUUCUCAUCCUCCUGUCGCUGCUCGUGUACAUCGGACUGUUCUCCUCACUCAUCGUCUGGUUCUACAUCUACCCCAUCGACUGGAAUUGGCUCGAGUAUCUCACCUGCAUCCCUUUCACCAGCAAGUUCUGUGAGCGCUAUGAUAACGACCCCAUUGGCCACUAACAGGCUAGUCCUGUCUACGGCGCGCUACCGAGAAUACAAACCCUGACCACUACGGCGUUAACCGUGCGGUGCGCUGGCGUACUCGUUGCCAUGGUUGCCCAGCCAACGGUACUGCAAGGUGAUGCAUUUCUGGAAAGCGGACUUGCAGACGCUACAAUGGUACUACUGCUAAAGUUUUGGUAAUAUCAUUUAGGCUACAGUUGCGAUCUACAGCUUUGUUUGUUUGUUUGUUUUUUUGGGGACUUCUACUGCAGGACUUCAAUAUUUAUAGUCAUGCACACAUUUCUUAUUGACACUACAUCAGGGUAUGUCUCACCUUGCCUUAAACUAGCAUUUUAUUGAUUUGACAUGCAGGUGCCAUGGUUCCGGACUGUAAAACACUGUAGAGGAUAUGGAGUGCUGCCUUUUGUGUUUAGUAAUACGCCAGCGUUAUUAAACCUAAACUCUAUCCACCA